CCCACACCGAGCCGCGGCGCGCGCGGUGGCUGUCCCGCCUGCCACAAUGCGCGGCGAGGCUGCGGCCGCGACCUGGCGCGGUCGUCCCUAACGUCGCCACUCGGCAUCCUUAGGACAGGCCUCCCCUGACGCCCCGCGGAGACCCCACUGGCCCGCGCCCCCCAUGCGCUCACUCUUCGGUGCCCAGCCAGGCGGGCGCCUCGCAGACGCGGAGCCGCGCGGGUGACGGCAGAGGCGGUUGCGCGCCCAGCCCAGCCCGCGGAGAGGGCGCGCCGCGCCCCCGCCCCCCGCCAGCUCUCCGGAGGCCGUGGGUGCGGAUGCGCCGCUGACGACUCGCAACGACCAGCAGUGCCGUCCGCCCGCCGGCCGGAGCCCGCAGCAUGGCAGCCGCCGCCUAUGUGGACCACUUCGCCGCCGAGUGCCUCGUGUCCAUGUCGAGCCGCGCGGUCGUUCACGGGCCGCGGGAGGGGCCGCAGCCCGGACCCGAGGGCGCGGCCGCUGUCGCCGCCACGCUGCCCCGCGUCGAAGAGCGCCGCGACGGCAAGGACAGCGCCUCGCUCUUCGUAGUGGCGCGGAUCCUGGCGGACCUUAACCAACAAGCGCCGGCGCCCGCCCCCGCGGAGCGCAGAGAGGGCGCCGCGGCCCGGAAGGCGAGGACCCCCUGCCGCCUGCCGCCCGCGCCACCACCCGCCCCCGAGCCCGCCUCCCCCGGCACCGGUGGCGCGGCGGCCGCGCCCCUCAGCCCGGCGUGGAGCGAGCCCGAGCCCGAGCCCGAGGCGGGGCUGGAGCCGGAACGAGAGCCGGGGCCCGCGGGGAGCGGCGAGCCCGGCCUCAGACAAAGGGGCCGGCGGGGUCGAAGUCGCGCCGACCUCGAGUCCCCGCAGAGAAAGCACAAGUGCCACUACGCGGGCUGCGAGAAAGUUUACGGGAAAUCCUCGCACCUCAAGGCGCACCUGAGAACUCACACAGGGGAGCGCCCCUUCGCCUGCAGCUGGCAGGACUGCAACAAGAAGUUCGCGCGCUCUGACGAGCUGGCGCGGCACUACCGCACGCACACGGGCGAGAAGAAAUUCAGCUGCCCCAUCUGCGACAAGCGCUUCAUGCGCAGCGACCACCUGACCAAGCACGCGCGCCGCCACGCCAACUUCCACCCGGGGAUGCUGCAGCGGCGCGGCGGGGGCUCGCGGACCGGCUCGCUCAGCGACUACAGCCGCUCGGACGCCAGCAGUCCCACCAUCAGCCCGGCCAGCUCUCCCUGAGCACCGACGGCGGGGCGGGGCCCGUGGCAAGCCACGCCCCAUCCUUGCCACGCCCACCCUAGGCCCCGCCCGGCCCCGCGGCCCCUCCUCACCAUAGCCAUGAGCAGAUGCUCUCACCUCCUCCCGUGAUUCCGUGUCGUUUCCUUUUGUAAUCAGAAGAGAGUACUUUAUGAAGUCAAUAACAACAAAACGAUUUUCUUCA